AAACCAAAAGAUUUAGGGAUUUUGAAGAUAAGAGAAAAAAAAAAAAAUGCUUCAACUCUGCUCCGCGUUUCGUCCUCAACUUCUUCUUCCUCCUCGUCAAUUCCGGUUUACUGAUGGAAUUUUGAUUCGCCAAAUAAACUUUGUUGGAAGCAAUUCAGUUGUGAAUAUCCGGCCAGAGAUACGAUGCCAGAGAGCAAGCGGAGGUAGAGGAGGAGCUAACAGAAGCAAACCUGCGAAGCCUCCUGUUAAAGAAGGAAGCAACAAAACAGUAAUCGAAGGUUUAGUAACCGAAUCGCUACCUAAUGGAAUGUUUCGAGUCGAUUUAGAGAAUGGUGAUAACAUUCUUGGUUAUAUUUGUGGUAAGAUUAGGAAGAAUUUCAUUCGGAUACUUCCCGGUGAUAAAGUGAAAGUCGAAAUGAGUGUUUAUGAUUCUACUAAAGGUCGUAUCAUUUUCAGAAUGAGUAGUAGAGACUAAGAAGUAAGAAGAACCGUUUAGGCAAGUUUGAUGGGAAUGAAUCAUGUAAUGGUACAGAAGAUUUUCUAUAAUGCAAUUCGGGUUUUUCCGCUAAGCGCGUUGUUAUUAUGUUCUUCUUCUUCUUUUCCUAUAAUCUUAAGCAUAUUGAACG